AUGGGACAAGGAAACUCGUCACAAAUUAGUCACUACGAAGAAAGCCAAGCCAUAAGCAAAAUCUUUGACGGAUUUUCCACACUUCUGCGGAUGCAGACAAAAGAACAAGACCGCGUUAUUGAAAAAAUUUCAUCAAGAUUGGAUCAGCUGGAGAAAUCAGUAUUCAACAUUCAACAAGAUUUGAAUGUGUUAAAGAGUACAAGACCAAUGACCACCCAUUCCACCUUCGGAAGCAAUUUUCAACAACAAUUUAGCACAUCUGGUUAUGGAACAGUCAAUUCUUCUCUGAAUUCACAACCGAACACAACAAACCUCUCUCCACAAUACAAAGUAAUAUAUCCAGUCCAGAAUUAUAUUUCAUCCCAUCAUUCAUCAUCCUCCUUAAAUAAUCCUUCAUUUCCACAGUCGUCAUCAAUGAACAAAACUUCCCCAGUGGCACCACCUCCAGAAGUGUUGGGCAAUUUAACAUUUGUAUACAAUAACGAUUAUGAACAAGACUUAUUAACCAUGUCCGUAAAAAAGUUUGCUGACGAAAUGAAAAUGUGCUUUGGCAGCAAAGGGAUUCAUUUCGUGACAAAAUCCGAGACCAAAGAAAGUGGGAAGAAAUAUGUGAAUGUUUUCUUUAUGGAUCAAUUAUCGUUUUUAUCGGGUAAUCACACAAGCAGUGUUACAUCAACUGUGAAAGAAUUAGUCGUAUUUGUAUGUAUAAGAAAAAGCGACUCUCGAGAAACCCGGCUGGACAUGACAAAACUGUUCCCUGGAAUAAGCGAAUGGAUGGUAAGCACUGAUCACAUCAUGAACAACGUAGCAGAUGCUACUCGAUACCUGUUUGUUAAAUUUCAGAAUUAUAAGUCAGUACAAGAAGCAGGAAACUCUGAGUAUCAAGAUUUAACCCCAUUCCAAAAGUUAGAGAUCGCUGAUAAGGAUUGUUUCACUUCGUGUGUGAUGGGAUAUUUUGAAGUUCCUUUCUCAUUCCUAAAGAAAGAUUUGCUUGUUCAUUCGGUUCCCGAUACUUUUCAAAUUUCUGUUUAUUCGUUCUUCAUCACCAACAAAUGA